CUUCACAACGCUCUGGUAAUCAAGAAUUACUGAAGAUGCGUCUCUUGUUCUUUGCGCUGUUAGGGAUGUGCACAAUGAUCUCUGUGCAUGCCUUCUCGAAUGGAAGUAUAGCAGCAGUGUGUGACAGUAUGACACCGACUCAUGGUGACUUUGGGUCUCAGAACACCACAGCGCCAUACAGAGUCAGAGUGGACCGCAGUACAUGCGAACCUGGAGAGAUGAUCAAAGUGACUUUGGAGUCAGUAAACGGCACAGAAUUCAAGGGCUUCAUGCUGCAAGCUCGGCCAUCGUCAACCAAGACCGCUGUGGGUUAUUUCAUGGCGGGAAACGACAGUCUGGUCCGACUGCACAACUGUUUCAACACUGAAAAGUCAGCCAUCAGCCACUCUGCAGCGAAUAAUCAAAGCUGCAUUGAGGUCACGUGGGUCGCGCCGAAUACAUCUGCUCCGGCAAAUAUUACAUUCUGCGCAACCUUUGUGCAGCAAUACGAGAAGUUCUGGAUCAUGGUGGGCAGCCCCCCUGUCCUGCUGUCCAGCCACACUGGCCCGCCGUCCAGCCCCACUGACCCGCCGUCCAGCCCCACUGACCCGCCGUCCAGCCCCACUGGCCCGCCAUCUAACAGUCCUGCCUUAGCUGUGAACUGCCUGAUGAUGCCUCUCUGCAUCCUGAUUGCACUCAGACUCUUCAGAGCUUCAUCUUUAACGCUACUCUGA